AUGUUCUACUCGACUGUAAUCUUCAAACAAGCUGGACUUACCACUGAAGGAGCCGUUUACGCCACCAUUGGUAUGGGUACCGUCAACUCUACUUGGUAUGUUAAAAAUUAUUUUUUUCAAACCUCUGGGCGGGUGAUACGAAAUUUGCCACAGGUGGAUCAUCCAAAGUUCGGACGACGUUCAUUGAUGCUUAUGGGACUGACCGGAAUGUGGGCAUCAACAAUCCUUCUAGUCAUAGCACUCUCAUUAGGUGCUGCUGGACAUCAAUGGGCCAGCUAUGGUGCUAUCUUAUUCGUACUAUUGUUCGUCAUAUCAUUCGCUACAGGACCAGGUAGGCGUUCUCUUCAGAUCAGCAAAAUAGUUGAAAAAAUUCGAAAAGCUAUUUUGUCGUAA